AUGCCGGAGUCUAGGGGUAGCGGCGCGCCUGCUGCCGCCCGGCAGGAGCAAGGAGGAAAGUCAAUGAUGCAGACAAUUGUUCAGGGCAUCGCCAUCUUCAUGGCCACCCAGUUUGUCGUCAACCAGUUCUUCGGUUCCAAGUCGUCAUCUGGCGGCGGCGGCGUUGCUGCGCCAAAAGCGAGUAUGAACUUCGACGAGCGAGCCGAUACAACAGCUUUGACGAACUAUUCCGCAAUACCCUACAACAUUGCUCCGAUCUGGCCAGACGACAGUGUCAUUGACCUUCAGGUAUAUGUCUUACCCCAACCAGAGCUUCCUCCGCUGUCAUCGGUGCCGAAGGAUGUCCUCGUUGUGGAUGAAAAGGAGUUCAAGAUGGGCAACUUCUCAGAAAACAGGGAAAUUCAUACCAACAUUGCGAUUCCAGACGAGGUGCAGCACAACGGGACUCUUUGGGCGCAUUUCCUCGUGGGAUUGACCGGUAGUGAACUGGACCCAACCGCAGCGGAUUAUGACCCGGCAAAGGCAACUCACUUCAAGAGACCGCUGAACCACUAUCUGCCAAAGAAGAAGGUCCGCAAGCUGAAGAAUUUACUGGACAAGAGCGACGACCCAGAACCAGAACCGGAAGAACCUCAGGGGAUCCAGAUUGGCUCGUUCUACCAUCCUAACUUCACCGUGGCUGUCGUACCUGGCACGGGAGUGCAGAAUUGGCGCCAGCUGCAUCCGGCCAUGCGCAAAAACAUUGUCCUUGAACCGACGGGCGCUCGUGACGCUUCGGGCAUGAAUGGAUGGUACUAUCCUGUGAUAUUCCUGAACACUUUCUGGCAGUUGAGGUCACACAUGACCGAGCUCAACGACACGGUGAAGGAAGUGCCGCUGAACAUCGGCCUCUAUAACUUGGCCGGUUGGAAGUACUCUAUUCUUGCCAGUGUCGAUGACGGCAUGAAACAGACCCAGCAACAAGCGGGACAAGGAGGACCAAUGGCCGGCAGUGGCGAUGGAAGCGAGUUUGAGAAGCUCAAAGAAGUUCUUCUCGACACCAAUGCGUACCUUCUCGGGACGACGUUUGCCGUCAGUAUUCUGCAUAUGGUUUUCGAGGGACUGGCAUUCAAGAACGACAUCUCGCACUGGAGGAAGAAGAAAGACAACGUGGGGACGUCGGUUCGCACAAUUCUCGCCAAUGUCUUCAUGCAGACGGUGAUCUUCUUGUACCUGGUGGACAACUCUGAUGGUACAUCGUGGAUGAUCCUGGCCAGUCAAGGGUUCGGCAUUGUCUUGGAAGCGUGGAAGAUCACCAAAAUGGUCAACGUGCGACUCCGUGAGCCUGGACCGGACUCGCGGUUCAAAUUCCUGCCUUACGUGGUUGUGUUCGAGGACAAGCACAAGUUGACCAAGAAAGAAAAGCAGACCCAAGAGUAUGACCAGAUCGCCUUCCGUUAUUUGUACAUCAUCGCCGUGCCACUGCUGCUCGCGUAUGCGGCGUACUCACUGGUCUACGAGCCGCACAAGUCCUGGUACAGCUUUGUGAUCGAGACGCUGGUGGGGUCCGUUUACGCCUACGGAUUUCUGAUGAUGGUCCCCAGCUUGUACAUCAACUACCGCUUGAAGUCGGUUGCGCACAUGCCCAGUCGGACGCUGUUCUACAAGUUCCUCAACACCUUCAUUGACGACCUGUUCGCGUUCACCAUCCGCAUGCCCUUCCUGCAUCGAUUGGCGACCCUGCGUGACGAUGUCAUUUUCUUCGUCUGGCUCUACCAGAAGUGGGCGUACAAGGUGGACUACACGCGCGUCAACGAGUUUGGCCAGGGAGGCGACGAAACGGAUGAAGAUGAGGAGGAAGAUGAGGGCGAGACCAAGGAUGGAGGGUCGACCUCAGACAAGAAAGCCCUGAACGGCCAGGACACCAAACAGCUCAAGCCCACAGUUCCUGUCGCUAGCGCUAGCGGGGCAGAGACCAAAACCAGAGCAACGAAAAGGAAGUAA